AUGGCCACUGUUGCCGGUGCACCAAAUCCCAGCCAUGAUCUCGUCAUCGAGGCUGGCGAACUGCAGAAAACGAACGCCGAAUGGUGGGCGGAACGCACCGACGAGCACGAGAAGAAAAUUGCCGCGCUAGAACGGAUGCCGUCGACCUGUGUGGAUGACGUGCAACGCCUGCGCCUGCAAGUCGACACCGCCUACGACAUGAUGAACGAGCACAGCCUUUUCAAUCACCCGCCAUCCGCGGCCCUGGUCGAUGAAGCCCGGCGUGUGCACGAGCAGUGUUGCCGCCAUGGCUUCCGCGAAAUGCACGCGGCCGACCGGCUGUUCAAGGAGGGCCGCGAGGCCUCCAAGCAGACGAUGGCCGAGCUGAAGCCGUCCACCCGCGGCUCCGAAACCCCCGCCAGAAUGGAGGUGACGGCGCACGAGCGACAGGACAAGGCCGAGAGCAAGAACAAGGACCGAAGCCCGAAAAAGGCCCGCACCCCACCCCUCGAGAACAACCAACCCUCAAACACGGGCUUCCUCGCCACUCUCGGCGGCAUCAAGGACAAGGUGGUCGGCCGGCUGGGGAAGAAGAAGCCGCCCAAGCCGAGCGAGAAGCGCUCCCGCAACCCGAAAGAUCUGGAGGCCGCCCAGCCGCUGCUCAACGAUAGGCCAGGGAAAGGCGGCUCGCCGCAGCCAAUCGAGGCGGCCUCCCGUGAAUCAACGGGCAACGUCCGGGGCUCGCCCGAAAAUCGCGUGAGCAACAAGAACAUGAAGGUCAGCAAGAAAAAGAAGGAGCCAGAUUUAUUUGUUAUUUUGCGCCCGACGCUUUCGUGUUGGAUGGAUGAACCGGAUCUGCGGACCGCCCUCCUCAGACACCAUAUUCAAGUCAAGGGACCCUGGUUGCGGGCAGCCAUCGAACAUACGGCCGCUGAAGAACUCCGAAGUAGUGGUGAUGAGCACCUGGCGCGGCUUGUUGAGCAGUUUCUCUACUCUAACCUUGUCGACAGCUACGAGCCGCCGCUUCGCCUACCCGCCAAGGCACGCCAACUUUUCCUCGUCAUCUCUGUGUUCGACAUUUCCCGGCCACUGUAUCAACAAUACCAGGAAUUAACGCGGAAGAAGGAUGAAGAUCUUUCCUGGUUCCUAGGCUCCGAAGCGGAGGAGGGAGCUUCAGCUGGCGAGGGACGGGAGCGGGCCAAUUCGAUGCUGCGUCUCACCCUCACUGAUGGUGUUGUGGAAUUGGCAGCGGUCAUUUAUGGGGGACUCGAUGAUAUUGACGAACGAACACCGCCGGGUACCAAGUUGCUGACGCGUGGUCGAGUGAAGUGCAGAGAUGGAGUGCUUUGGCUGAGCAAUGAUAACUGCCAAGUUCUUGGAGGCGAGUGUCCGGCGGUUUACAAGGAUCGCAUCAAGCUCUUGGAGGAAAAGCUGAAGAUCAAGCCAAAGAUUCCACUUACAGUGCCUGAUGUGCAUCGGACAAAGGAAGGAAACAAAACGAUCACUCCGUUCCUGAAACCAAAGGAAAAGCCGGCCGCGAACCAGCCUCAAGUCAAAUCAGAAGCUCCGCCGCCACGGGUAAUAGAGGAAAUCACCUUAUUGGACACGCCAGUUGCAACACGGGAUCUAUCCGCCGACAAGAUCGAAUGCACCCCGAUGCAAGUUUUUGUCAAGCCGGCCACGCAGCGGAAGAUAGCGAACCUUUCGGUGACUGCCGUCGUCAGCGAACCUGAGAAGAAAAGCCCAAGUCACCCAACGCACGUUGUAUCGAUGAAUCCUCAACCGCCAGCCUCAAAUAAUCAGGCGGCGAGCCUAAAAAAACGCCAACUUCCUCCACUACCCGUGAUCGACCACGAUGCUCUCCGGGUCGCUGCCGAGAAGCCCAACAUCGCCACUAUUCGCCCCGUCUCCAAUUUCCAACAAAAACGGCCGGCCUCUCCGGAUUCACGACGGAUAAAGCCGCUCGUCGAGCCGAACAACAACGAAUCGCGCCCACCGAAAGCACGUGAAUCGGUCCCAUAUGCGAAUCAUGAAAUGGCUGACAUCCUGCAAGAAGUCCCUCCGGCAAAGGCAGUGAAUCAGACCUACGAACGACCAAUUACUCCGCAAAAGCUGAAGCGCGAACCGGAUACGAGCAUGCUAGCAGCGGCCGGAGACUCACCGUCGAUCAUCGUGCCUCGGCUAGCCAUCGUGGGACCCGUCGCAUCCGGCAGUCGCUCGGGUGAAGAUGAGACGAAGCCGAUCACAACGAAGGCUGCCCCGCUCGCUAACGUCUCAUUGAUGGGCUUCAACCUCCAGCCAUCGAAAAAGCGUGCUGCACGGGAGCUCGAGAAGGCAGCCGUUGGGACGCGAUCUAUAACGGAUUUUGUUGUAAGCAACGAAACGCAUGGGCCAGACGCCGCGCAAAGAAGAGUUGUCGACGAUGAUCUGGCCGGUAGCGCCGGUGCAACGCGUCGAUCGUUAUUUGCAUGCCUAACCAAAGCUGAGCGAAAAGGGGAUGUUAAGCCUACAGUCACGAGGGUGAACCCGAUUGAUGGAGAAAGCGUGCCCGCGACGGUCGACACCGAACCGAAAAGGCCGAAAAUUUCAUCAGUUGCACAGGGCGAGAGAGAAGGAGUUGCCGCAGUUCUGCCUCGACGUCAAGCAGCUCAUGGUCAGCAGAAACAACUGAUGGAUGCCGCCGUCGGCACGACCCCAACGCUGGUAAAGAUGGGCUUUCCGCCUAGACGACGGCUGUCGAAAACCGUCGACAGAGGCACAUCUCCUACUCCGCCGGAACCGACGCCCAAGAAACCAUGUGGUGGCCUUUUUGGUGGACCAUCGCAAGCGUUUGAUGACUUCUUGUCGAGCGAGUCACCACCCUUGGAGAAGUCCCUCAUCGAUCGGCGGUGCGUAAUCAGCGUUGACAGAAUUCAGAAAAGUCCUCCUCGUGUCCGUCGGAUCCGCUUCGCCGAUGAUCCACCGGCUUCUCCAAGUCAACGGCCCCGGAACAACCGUGAAAAUGGAGCCGGCGAUUCUGUUGUGUGGGAAUUAUUAACGGACGACAAUGAGGGUGGCGGCUUUGACACGCAGGACCUUUUUGUCGACGACUACGUUUCUGCCAAAUCUCCGCCUCGACCACCAAAGACCCGAGAUCCUGUCGUGGAAAAGAAAACGCAAGACCUCUACAGAGACCGCAUGCUUCUCGCCGACAUCAUCGCGGGACGCCGGACAUGGCCGUUUAGCCGGCAAUUCCUAAUCAUUCCGCUAAUGAGUUCGUUGUGUUACCAACUGCGCGGUCGUGAAGACAAAUGGGAUCUAGAGCUGCUGGUGACUGACGAGAGCGCGACCGACGUGAGGUGCGCCGUGUCGUCGGCGCUGCUGCGCAACUUGCUGGGCUUCGAUACAGGGCUUUGCAAGCAGCUGCAGCGACAAAGCCAGGCGAGCGAACUGAAGAUGUGCAAGCAGAAGGCCGAUGAUGUGAUGAAUGCCCUCGUGCGUCUCGACAGCGUUUUUACGGUCCAGACAUCGACCGACCUCAAGCAGCCCCUUCUCAUCAUCGGAUUCGCUGAUCUAGCCGAAGCCCUCGUCCAGCCCGCUGCCCUGUUCCCCAACGAC